AUGAUGGCGCCAUACGGCUGUAAAAGGGGCGGGUGGGUCUCAUGGCAUUGGAUUGGUGCACCGGAAGUUCUUCGCAUGCUGUGGAAUGAGCUCAGUGCAAGCCAAGAAAGACGCGUCGCUUCAUCGCACGUUUUAACACGCUUCAACUUUGCUGAAGCUGUGCUUAUUGCUGUUCGUUUGUUGACCUUAUCACCACUCCCUUUGGCCAAUAUCCUCGGCAAUGUUGUCGGAGAGCUUCGCAACACCGUUGGCAAGUGUAAGGAGAUGUGUGUCUGUUCGAGAACUCCAUAUAUGUACAACAGAAGAUAUGGACUAAGGUUGUGA